CCUGUUAUUCACUGUAAUGUGACAUCCUGGAGGGAGGAGCUGAUAAAGCUUCUCGUGAAAUGAAACUUAAAUUACAGAAAAGAAAGUGUUGGGUGUAGUGGGGAAAGGUAAAGCAGGGUUUGCAGGACAUCUCCAAUAAGAAAGUGGAGUAAAUUUAUUGGGUUUUAGAAGUAAAGCAGCUAUUGCUAUUACUACAAUUUCUGUUGGAGAUUUUAUCAGUGGAGUGUUUCUACUGAGAACUGACUUCAUGGCUGAAGCUUUGUCCUGUUUUGAGGAGGAUUUCACAUGUCUCAUCUGUUGUGAUGUCUUCACCGAUCCGGUCACUCUGAAAUGUAGCCACAGUUUGUGUGAGAAAUGUCUCCAGCGUUUCUGGACGACUCAGGACGUGCCGCGGUGUCCAGUCUGUCGGAAGGAAUGCUCUCACGACGAACCCACCAAGAGCCUGGCGUUCAGAGCACUCUGUGAGACCUUCAAGAAGAGAAAACCCUCCGCUGUUUCAGGAGACGUUUGUCCAGAACAUAAAGAGGCACUCAAACUCUUCUGCUUUAAGGACCAGCAGCCCAUCUGUUUGGUCUGUUACACGUCAAAGAAGCAUGAAAAUCACAAGUGUUCUCCUGUCGACGAAGCCGCUGGGAAUUUAAAGAGAGAUCUCAAGACAAAGAUGAACAAACUUCAGGAGACCCUUGAUAAACUCAAGAAAGCCUGUGAGAGCUGUGUGAAACAGGCUGAGCUCUUUAAGGAACACACUAGUAUGGACGAAGUCCAGAUCAAAAAGGAAUUUGAGAAGCUCCAUCAGUUUCUUAGAGACGAGGAGGAGAAACACAUCAGAUCCUUGCGUAAAGAAAAGGAAAUUCAAGAUGGGAAAGUCAAGGCCAGAAUAAAGGAGCUGUCCAAACAGAUAUCAGAUCUGUCUGAGAGGAUGGCAGCCGUCUGGCAGGACACGGAAGAAAAAAACAUCACAUUUCUCCAGAAUUACAGCGAUACAUUAAAAAAACUCAAACGGCCAUCAGUACCAAACACAACCCCUGAACAAGAAGAAUAUCAGCACCAUCAUUUUCAGACAAUGAUCUUCACCACCUGGGCCAGAAUGCAGAACCUUGUGGAAAAGUCUCCUGUGACUCUGGAUCCAGACACAGCCUCCAGUAAACUACAGGUGUCAGAGGAUCGCACCAGUGUUGAGUACAAAAAAAAGAAAAUACAGGUGUCUGAUAACCCAGAGAGGCUGUAUGUGGGAGUGCUGGCCUCGCAGGGCUUCAGCUCAGGUGUGCACUGCUGGGACGUAGAGGUAAGAGACAAUGACCACUGGACUCUGGGAGUAGUGGGGGAGAUGGUGGACCGCAAAAGACUUUACAAAAUGGACCCGAAGAGUCGUUUUUGGUGUUUUCGUUAUGUGGAUUAUGAAUACAAGAAAGGAAGUAAAACUAUCAGCCAUAUUAAAAGCAAUGAGAGGCCAAAUGUUAUCCGACUGCAGCUGGACUUUGAUGAAGGAGAGCUGAGAUUCAUCGACCCUUUCAGAAACAGAGUUUUAUGCACCUACACUGGUGGAUUUCCAGAGAAGGUGUUCCCAUAUUUCUGUAGCGGAGAUGUGGACAAGCCACUUAAUGUUUUUGUGGCAAAAAAACGAAACUUAUAAACAACUUUUUUUUUUGUUACAAAUAUGUACCUGGGAGGGGUGGAAGGCACCCAUACUUAAAAAAAAAACUGUUUGUGGCUUGUCAGAGUAAAAUUUUAGCAUUACAGAUGUUACAUCAAAGUAAAUGUAUCCAUGUCUAAGAAAUAUUCAUGAAGCAUAUAGGUGAUUUAUCAACAUAUAAUACCAUGCAAAUCAUUUAGCUAAAUAUUAGCCUGAAUAGGUAAGCAAGCUAGAUUUUUUUCAAAAUUGCAGCUGUGGGGCAAAGUGAGCCAAAUGAUGCGGGGUAAAGUGAGCCAGCAUUUUACCUUACCACAUCAUAAAGCACUGAUGUAGAGUUAAAUCUUUAAAGUAUUAACUGGUAUUAUAAUGUGAUAUUACACAACUGAUUUACUUUAUCAAAUAUAUAUAUAUACGUAUUAUUUGUAGUUUUAUUUAAUAGGGAAAGUGUACAUGUGCACCAAAUCCUUCUCUGAUAAGAACCAGAAGGUGCUUUUCACCAAAUUAUAAUCAUAU